UCGAACAUAAAGAAAACGAUCAGCUAGAGGCACCAGACACCGCAGCUCUACAGCGAUCCAAGAGUCUAAAGGGAAGAGAAGGGUUCAAUACAGUAUGGGAAGCAAUUACAGUCAAAGAAACUGGGGAAAGACCGUUUGGUGGUAUUCCUGCGAGGAACGCUAAAGGAGAAAGACUGUUACUGUUCAUUGGUAUUAUCGAUAUUCUGCAAAGCUAUCGACUAAAGAAAAAACUAGAACAUGGAUGGAAGUCCAUUGUUCACGAUGGGGAUACAGUUUCUGUCCAUCGUCCAAGUUUUUACAGCAAAAGAUUUCUAGAUUUUAUGAGUACGAAAGUCUUCAAGAAAUUACAAGGAAAAGAGAAAACGUCACCAAGAAAGCGAUCACUGGGAGGAGGCCUGGGUCGAGCACGAUCAAUGACCGAAGCUGAUCGAUCACGAAACGAUUCACGAAGAGAACGAACGUUAACGGAACAAUCUGCCGAAGAUAUAGUAUCAACAAGCAAGGGUAACACCGAGCAGCACAAGGGAUCUCCUGACUCGGGUAUCCCAGCUUCCCCUCGAAACGACUCUAAUAAACAUUCUACUGUGAAACGACAAGUCAGCUUUCAGCUUCCCGACGACGAAGACCCACUUCAGGAUUUUUUAAUAGAGAAAGAAAAUGCCCAUGGGGAUUGAUAAAUAGAUACUGUGGGACCAAGGAGGGGACUGGGAGUGAAUCAUCACAAUUGAUUUAAUUACCAUUUGGUUUUUUGGGCUUCUUCACCAAAAAUGCAUUCGAUGAACUUUUCUAACUCGGCAGCCGUGUUGGCUAAAACAAUCAAUAUGUUUUUUCCUCAUGUGCCCUCGCAUUCGAUGCAGCUUUGAUUCUCAUAAAAAAUUCUUGGAGUGCAACCAGAAAUUCCCUUGAUAUAUAAUUAACGAUGAAGCGGCUGCCAUUUUUGUCGAUCAAAAUAGAAAAGCUUGGGAAUGCUUUGGAUAGUCAAUCAUCAUGGCGGCUAUCAAAGAAUAAACAUGGUCAUGUGAUAAAAGUUGUCAAACACAAGGCAACCAAUCGAGGCUGCAAGGUAUGCAUUUAUAAAGUAAAUUAAAGUUACCCUGCAGCGUCGAUUGAGUUUGGUUUGUUUUUUUCCUGUAUGACAAUGGGAAUUAUGCUAAGCGGUCAUUAGUCAUCAUUAGGUGGUGGGUAUGUUGGAUGACAUUAGAAAAGCUGAGAAGAUGUAUUAUAUUAUUAGUCAUGCCAAAUGCCAAAUAUGGCUUUCUUUUUUAUUCCGCUUUUUUUUUUUUUUUUU